AUGGAGGUCCACUGGUUGACGCGGCUGUUUAUAUACUGCGUUAUAGCGACGGUAGUGGGCCCUUUCUAUGACAACUGGACUACUAUGGAGAAGUGGCUCUACCGUGAGGGCGCUUAUGUCGAUCUGUGUACUGAUAUUCCUCAGCCGGCACCAGUGCAGGUCACAUGGCAUUGCGAGGAGCAGCAAGUUUGGGUUAGCAUGUUGCUCCCAAUAUCACGAAUGUCUGAAUGUAUAAUGAGCAUUGGUAUUGGUAUUUUCAUGGACUUCGUUGGCCCUCGUAUCACUACUGUGGUUGGGGUACUGUUGAGAACGAUUGGUUGGAUAUUGAUGUGUUUCGCUGUGCGUGCUCCUGGUGGCUUAGUAACGGCGUUUUUCUUAUUGGGUGUAUCCACCAACUUUGUGAUAUUCCCAUGUCUAACCAUAGGAAUGUACACGAAGAAGUACCGCUACAUCGCAGUGUUGCAUAUUGGUAUGUGCAGUUGUUUCUCUUCUAUGUUGAUAAAGUUAAAAUUGAUUCUGCUUGAGAGUGGUGGUUUAACAGCAUCACAAAUAAACUAUCUUUAUACAUUUUUGUGCAUAGUUCCUACACUUGUCAUGUGUAUAUUAUUCAUGCCGCUCAAGUUAAAAGAGCCUGAGGAAGAUAAAGAGCCCGUUCGUGCUGCCGAGCCGGUUACCUCUAAUGAAGGCGCAAGUGUUGCAGACUAUUCAUAUUCCGAUCGUGUCGGAGCAGGAUUGAGUGAUACUGUUUCUUACGAUGAUAUAAAAGUGUGCAAUGUGGAUGGUAGUGUUGCAGUACCGUCAGAUGAUGACUGCACUUGGACCCUUGGUGGUUUUUUCCGCGUUCUGUCUAGUAAGGAAGUGUUUGUUUGUCUGUUUUACUUUGCUUUUAAUUUCAGCAGCAUAACUUAUGUCCAACAAACAUUUAGUCUAGUACACAGGGAUGAUGCUUCUCUGCUGACGUUGAACGAGUACAUGGUUCCCCUUGCGGUAGUGCCUUGUCUGCUCUUCGCGGUACUAUAUAUGUACUGGGAUCCGAUCUGGAUUUUGAUAUUUAUGAACACUAUGGGUUUGUUAAUGCACCUAUUGGAGAUGACCCACGGCCGUACCGUUGGCGUCCUGCUUUCCAUAGCCUUGGUCAUGGCUUACAGCAUUUUGAAUACUCAAGUGUACAAUUAUCUUGAAAGUCUCUUUCACAAGACAUAUUUGGGUUCUAUCGUGGGUGCACUAAACGGUAUGUGUGGUCUGUGGAUGCUAAUUCAGAUGUUUGUGCUUCAAUAUAGGACUAGCCCGCAGGAGAUCUUGGAAACAAGUGGUAUAAUGGCGGCAUUACGGGCAUGUUUUUUGGCACCGUUCAUCUAUUUCUUUUUCUCAGAGAAGUCUGCGAAAUCGGCUAAGAAUGAAGGGCGCUCAUCCCACCAUUUCACCUAA